UUAACCCCUGCCGGGUGCUGUAACUUUUUUUUAUAUACAAAUUGCAAAUAAGUUUUCUAUUUGAAAUUUAAAAUUAAAUAAACAAUGGAUUCUUCAGUAUUAUUAAGAAGCAUGUCGGAUUUUUGUAGGACAUGCAUGACGUCUGACGCGAAUUUAACAUCUUUAUUUGCGAUAGUAAACAUAUCGGGUAAGGUGACCAAAAAAGACUCAAUAGCUUCCCUACUUUUUGAGUCUACAUCUUUACAGGUCGAACCUUCGGAUGGGUUGCCUCAAAAAAUCUGCCAAACUUGUUUAAAAAGGCUUUUAUCAUGCCACCUAUUCCAAAUCACCGUCCAUGAAACCCAAUUGAAGCUUCAAAAAAUUAAAGAAACCCAAAGGGCUGAGACUGAUAAUGAUGAUAAAGUAAUUUGCAUCUUUAAUGAUGAACUGCUCAAGGAAUUUGAGGUUGAAAAUCUUCCCACAGAAGAAGAAUCCUUAUCCAGCUGUGAAAACAAUGAGGAAAUUAAUAACACCAACCCUGUUAACAGCGAUAAUAAUGAUCCAACAGGCCAACCUAGACCUACUUAUAAAUGUAAAACAUGUUCAAAAAUCUGCAGCAAUAAAUCCUUACUAAACAGACACUUGAAAAUACAUGGCGACUUUAAGAAACUGCAGUGCCACAUUUGCCUAAAAAGAUUCACCACGCUAGAGGGUAAAGAGCGUCACCUAAGAGUUCACACCGGUGAAAAACCUUAUAACUGUAAAUAUUGCGAUAGGGACUUCAGGCAAUCAAGUAUAUUAAACACUCACCUGAAAAAAAUACAUCAUAUCACUCCGACGAAGCCAACAAUAGAAGAGCGAGAGGACAGCUGGAAAUGGUCAUUUUUAUGCACAGUUUGUGGUCAUCGAUACGCUAGCAGCAGCGGCUUGACGGGACAUAUGAGGGCCAAACAUCCAGAGGAAUAUGAAAGGGAAUUAGUGUCUAACUCGAAAAAAAUUAAAACCACUUAAAAGUGUUCUGUGUUGUUCUUAGGUGUAAGCGAAAAUUAUGUUAAUUUCUGUUGUUUGUCUCUAAGUUAAGAGGUAUUUUUGUAUUUUAUUUUAUGUGUUUUUAAAUAAAGAAUAUUUAAGUUUUAACAAAAUAA